AACACGAUGACAAGUUACCGUAUGUUACGCCAAUCAGAUGACGGCUUGUUGGAAGGUUGUCCUGUCAGCUGCUAGGGAAAUGAAGCUGUUUAAAACAGUAGUCAUUGUUGUGAUAUUUUGUUGAUAAUAAAUACUUAUAGUUGACGUUUCAAAUUUAAAGGAAUUAGAAAUAAUCUCGAGACCAGAGGAAUGAAAUGGUGACAGUUUUAAUCUAACAAUUUAGAGAUAAAACGGUACUUUGCUUGUUUAACAUUUGAAGAGGGAAUUGUCAGUAUUGGUACGCUGUAGUUACUUAAGUAAAAUCGCACCUUCCCCCUGAAGUAUACAUUCUAAGAAAUAUUUUGUCUGUUUAUGUGUAAAAAUAAAAAGCGCUCAAGCUGGAUAACAAAACGCUGGAUAUUGGUUAUAAGUCGGGUUCGGCAGGGGGCCUGACACCGCAGAAGAAAAUGAAGAAACGAAAGGAACUGGACGCUUUGAUUGGGCUCGGCGGUGACAGUAAGAGGAAAAAAACCAAGAAAGGAUCAGGACACAGAUUGCUAAGAACAGAGCCCCCUGAUUCCGAUUCCGAGUCCAGUUCCGAUGAGGAUGAAUUUAACACCCUGGGAAGCUCGGGGUUCAAGGGAGGCUACACACAGUGCUGUAAAGUGUGUUAUCCUUUGUGUGCAUUCAUCGUUCUUGUAGCAUGUGUGGUAGCAUGCUGUGGCUUGAUAUGGAUGCAGAUAGCCCUCAAAGAGGACCUUGAUGCUAUGAAGGAAAAGAUUCGAACAAUGGAGUCCAGCCAAAAGAUAUCAUCACACGAGAUUUCAAAGCUCAGUGAGGAUCUGCUUGAAAAACAGAAGCUACUUGAAAAUAUGGAAAGUGGAAGCAAAGGUCUAAAUAAAAUGUGGACAAAUAUGACAGAAAUAAAUAAACAGAUUAUCUUACUUGAUUCUGCUGUCAGUCACCUGAAAGCAAAUAUAAAAUCAGCUUCUGACUUGAUAAAUCUACCAACCAAAGUGGAGGAACUUCAGAAAGUAAGUGCUAGUGUCGCCACUAUUGGGAGCACAUUAACAAGUGUUCAGCAUGAUGUAGAAACUAUGCAAACUUCUUUGGACAAGAAAAUUGUUGACUCAAUUCAGAAAAAUGAGGUUGAAAAACAAGAUAAAAUAAAAGAACCACAUCGGUCAUCUGUAUCCUCAGCAGUACCGGCAUCCAGCAAUUGUACAUCAUGUGUCAUUUUCAAACAGGAUGUCCUUCAUCUACAUGAUGCUAUUAAUGAGUUGAAUGCUUCGCAUGUGAUUUACCAAACACAGAAUGAUCAAAAGAUUAGUGACAUUAAUUCAACAGUACACAACAUCACUCAGAGAAUCUUUUCAUUAGAAAAUGAUGUUUUCGUCUUAAACAUUAGCAGACCACCAAAGCAUAACGACUCUGAAACCGAUGAUCACCAGGUCGCUGAGCUGAGAGAGAAACUUCUGCUGAUAAAUGCCUUGACAAGUAAACCAGACAGUGAACAACUCCAUGAGGAUUCUGUGCAUGGUGACCCAGAAAGUGAGCACCUUUUUCAAAAGAAUGGUAAAAAAACAGAAAGCAAAGAGGUCCCCAUCAUUUCUGAGCACAGUCAAAAAACCAACAGUGAAGACUUCCCUAAGAAUCCAGAUAAUGGGAAACUGGAAAGAGACGUAGUCAAGAAUUCUGGUAAUGGUGAAAUAACCGAGCAUAAAGACCUCCCAGCAAACUCUGAUUCUGCUAAACUGGAGAAUGAAGACUCUCCUAAGAAUUCAGAUAAUUCUAAAGACCUUCCUGGGAAUAAUAAUAAAAGAGCCGAGAACAUGAAAAGUGAAAACCUCCCUAAGAAUUUGGAUCACAGUAAACAAGAGAGUGAAGAUCUUCCUGCAAAUUCUGAUAAUGUUACAGGUGGGCAUCGUUUAUAUUCAACAUCAAAACCAACCAGAUUUCCAAGGUAUAUGUCACGUGCUGCCUCGAGAGAGAGUUUAAAAGACUUGGAGGAUUAGUUCCAGAGGUCAGGUAUGAUACUCUGAAGAAAUACUUUGAAUCAUCAACCCCAGAGGUGAAGGAGCUUCAAUAUUUAAGGAUAUAAAGUACAUUGCAGGAAAUUAAGCAUUACUGGAAUCAUUCUGGAACUUCUGGAAACAUAAGACUUUGCGAAUGUUGCACUUUUAAUUUGUAAUUAACCUGUCCACAAUGUAACGUGUAUGCUGUCCUGCAUGGUCUGUAUUUGUCAUUUUAAAACUAUUUGGAGAUCUCUGACAGCUGUAAAUUGUAUUUGGUGUAUUGCAUAGAUUAAAUGAAUGUAUAUGUCUAAGAAACAAACAGUUACAUAAAGCAAUCCAGUAUUUAAAGGACUUGCAGAUUCUAAAUCUUACAUUUUAACUUGAAACCAGUAAGAAGUGGAUUCAUAACACAUUCCACAAUUACUAUUCAGCCCAUAAUUAAUAAGUGAGGGGAGGGGUGCCAUUGAAUUUGUAGUUAAAUUCCACAGCUGCACCCAAUGACCGAGUAGUACCAUGUUAAAUCCUGAAACUGAAAAGGUGGCAGUUUUUAAAUUGCUUUAUUCCUUAUCAUAGAUUAAAUUACAUUCUGUGAACUCUUACAUUUAUGCUGACCAUCUCUUUUAGUUAUGCAAGUAUUUGCCUUAACCUGAGACCUCUCGUCAAUCUCCUCUGUAAUGGAGGCAUCUGUGGCAAUUUGUUACUUUAAGGAUUUCAACUAUUGGAAAACAAAGAAACACUUAAGUAACCUCAGUCACCAAGUGAUGUUUUGUAACCAUUAACAAAACACAUAGGUGUUGCAUAGGGGUUGCGUAGGGUUCUGUGUUACAACCAUGAUACUUGAUUCUCUGUUGUCUUCAAUUAUACAAAUACAAAGUUUACAAUUGGCAUAUCUGCUUCUUACUUAUUGAUUUGGUAAGUAAAGCUUGUGUACAUUAUUGCUGCAUUCAAGGGAAGACCUUGGUUAUUGAAUCUACUUCUCACAUUACAGUGGCUUUCAAGUCAGAGGUAGAAGGGCUAUAAAUUAAAGCAUACUAGGUAAAAUAAGUAUUUUAACAGUUAAAUAGUAAUUUAGCAAUACAACAUUUCAGACAUUUUCUGUACAUAAGUAAACGUUUUAAGCAAUGAUUUAAAAGGGUGUAAAUGGACGGGCUGAUUUUGUAUGUAAAAAAAACAUAGUUCACACAAGAUGCAGAUUCUGGGUGUGCAAUGUAAAUGGGAGUUAGAAAUGUACUAUGCACUGAGCACUGUCCCAAAAACUCUCUGAGAAUGUGUUGCUUUCUUCUUGGGAACAAUGUGUUAAAACAACAUAGCCUUUAUUACAGUGUGCUGUGUAAAUAGUUUUAAACCUGCUUUCUGUAUUAUACUUAAAUCUAUUUUGAAAUGUUCUGUAUAAAAUGUUUCCAGCACUGUAUAUUAUAAGUGGAAGAAACUUUAUGAACAUGUGUUAUGCAUGUUUCAAAUCAUGUAACAUGAUUAAACAUCUAAUUUAUCAAAAAAUAAAUGUGAUUUUUAAAA